CUUUUGGACAUUUUGUAUAAGUCUUGUCUCAGCCUGUUUAGAGCGAGGGAAAUAAAGAAAAACAUAAAAUGCGUGAAUGUAUCUCCAUCCACAUUGGUCAGGCUGGUGUCCAGAUGGGCAAUGCUUGCUGGGAACUGUACUGUUUGGAGCAUGGUGUCCAGUCUGAUGGCUAUAAACCAGACGGCAGAAGCACUGGGAGUGUGGAUGACUCUUUCAACACCUUCUUCUGUGAGACAACAGCUGGAAAACACGUGCCCAGGGCUGUCUUUGUGGACUUGGAGCCCUCUGUGAUCGAUGAGGUCCGUAGUGGUACCUACCGACAGCUGUUCCACCCUGAGCAGCUCAUCACUGGGAAGGAGGACGCUGCCAACAAUUAUGCCCGUGGCCACUAUGCCAUCGGCAAGCAGCUGAUUGACUCUGUCUUGGACAGGAUUCGUAAAUUGAGUGACCAGUGUACUGGUCUUCAAGGCUUCUUGGUGUUUCACAGCUUUGGUGGUGGUACCGGUUCUGGUUUCACCUCUCUGUUGAUGGAACGUCUGUCUGCUGACUACGGCAAGAAGUCCAAGCUGGAGUUCUCAGUCUACCCAGCUCCAAGGAUUUCCACAGCUGUGGUGGAGCCCUACAAUUCAAUUCUGACCACCCACACCACACUGGAACAUACAGACUGUGCUUUCAUGGUUGACAAUGAAGCCAUCUAUGACAUCUGCCAGAAGAACCUUGACAUUGAACAUCCAGGUUACGUCAACUUAAACAGGCUGAUUGGUCAGAUUGUGUCAUCAAUCACAGCUUCUCUUCGCUUUGAUGGAGCUCUGAAUGUUGAUUUAGCAGAAUUCCAGACUAAUUUGGUGCCUUAUCCCCGAAUCCACUUCCCUCUGGUGACAUAUGCUCCAGUGAUCUCAGCUGAGAAAGCUAACCAUGAGCAUUUGUCCGUGGCUGAGAUCACCAGUUCCUGCUUCGAGCCAGGCAAUCAGUUGGUCAAGUGUGACCCUCGCCAUGGCAAGUACAUGGCUUGCUGCCUGCUGUAUCGGGGUGAUGUGGUGCCGAAAGAUGUCAAUGCUGCUAUUGCAGCCAUCAAGACCAGGCGCAGCAUCCAGUUUGUCGACUGGUGCCCAACUGGCUUCAAGGUUGGCAUCAACUACCAGCCUCCCACCGUGGUGCCUGGUGGGGACCUGGCCAAGGUGCAGCGUGCAGUGUGUAUGCUGAGCAACACCACUGCCAUCGCUGAAGCUUGGGCACGUCUUGACCACAAGUUUGACCUGAUGUACGCCAAGCGCGCCUUUGUGCAUUGGUAUGUUGGGGAGGGGAUGGAGGAGGGAGAGUUCUCUGAGGCCCGGGAAGACCUGGCAGCCUUGGAGAAGGAUUAUGAAGAGGUUGGAACAGACAGUACAGCAGAAGUUGAAGAUGAUGUGGAAUACUGA